GUAGUUUCCUGCUGAAGGCAGAGCUCGGUGGCGACGCGGUUACGUCGCAUUUGCUGUACUUAAGGGCGUUACUAUCCCGCUCAUCUGUUCUGUAAUGUCGAGCGACUAGAACCAUCUACAAAGUAUUUUCUUUUCGUGAGUCUAAACGGUGUCACAUCUCCAUUUCGUUCCCAGUCAGACAGUCUGUGGUGGUCAGACAUGGCGACCCAGUGUGUAACCAAGGUGGAGCUGACCGUGUCGUGUGAGAACCUCCUGGAUAAAGACAUCGGCUCCAAGUCCGACCCUCUGUGCGUGCUUUUAAUGAGCAGCUCUGAGUCCCAGUGGUAUGAGGUGGGCCGCACAGAGAAAGUCCAGAAUUGCCUCUGCCCAAAGUUUGCAAAAAAAUUUGUCAUCGACUACUACUUUGAAAUAGUGCAGAAACUGAAGUUUGGGAUUUAUGACAUUGACAACAAAACUGUUGAUCUGAGUGAUGACGACUUCUUGGGGCAACUGGAGUGCACCUUGGGCCAGGUUGUGUCCAGCAAAAGACUGAUCCGACCACUUGUCUUGAAGAACAACACCCCUGCAGGAAAAGGGACCAUCACAAUCCGUGCAGAAGAAAUAAAAGAUAGCAGAGUGGCGAAUUUUGAAGUUGAAGCAAGGAAACUGGAUAACAAGGAUUUCUUUGGGAAGUCUGACCCUUACCUGGAAUUCUACAAGCAGACAGCAACUGGAUGGCAACUGGCUCACAGGACAGAGGUGGUGAACAACAACUUAAAUCCCACAUGGAAACCUUUUCGAAUCCCCCUGCAAUCUUUGUGCGGAGGAGACCUGGAGAAACCUAUAAAAGUGGAGUGUUAUGACUAUGACAACGAUGGCUCACAUGAUCUUAUUGGAACCUUUGAGACCACAAUGACACGCUUUCAGCAAGCGUCACGAGCGUCCCCGGCCGAGUUUGAAUGUGUCAACAGUAAGAAGAAACAGAAGAAGAAAGGAUACAAGAACUCUGGUGUCGUGAGCGUGAAGAAAUGCGAGGUGGUGAAGGAGUACACCUUCCUAGAUUAUAUUAUGGGAGGCUGUCAAAUCAACUUCACUGUGGCUAUUGACUUCACAGGGUCCAACGGGGAUCCCAGGUCUCCUCAGUCUCUGCAUUACAUCAGUCCCCAGGGAGUCAACGAGUACCUCUCUGCUACGUGGUCUGUGGGAAACGUCAUCCAGGACUACGACAGUGACAAGAGGUUUCCUGCCUUUGGCUUUGGAGCACAAGUCCCCCCCACAUGGCAGGUUUCCCAUGAGUUUCCUCUCAACUUCAAUCCAGCAGAUCCAUUUUGUGUUGGCAUUGAAGGUGUGGUGGAGGCCUACAGGGUGUGUCUGCCCCAGGUCAAACUUUACGGCCCCACCAACUUCUCCCCUAUCAUCAACCAUGUAGCCUGCUUUGCAAAGCAAGCCCUCCAGCAGACCACUGCGUCGCAAUACUUUGUUCUGCUGAUCAUCACCGACGGAGUGAUCACCGACAUGGAUGACACGCGCAGCGCCAUCGUCAACGCCUCUCGCCUGCCCAUGUCCAUCAUCAUUAUUGGAGUAGGGGGGGCCGACUUCACCGCCAUGGAGUUCCUGGAUGGAGACGACGGACGUCUGCGCUCUCAGACCGGCGAGGCCGCCAUGCGAGACAUCGUCCAGUUUGUGCCGUACAGACAGUUCCAAAAUGCGCCCAGCCAGGCUCUUGCCCAAAGCGUAUUGGCCGAGUUACCUCAGCAAGUGGCCUCCUUCUUCAGUUUAUUCAAACUGAAGCCUCCCCAUGAUCCAAAUCCUUCAUAGGGGCUCCUCGAGAAGCCCUGGCCAAGAGUGUGUUGGCAGAAGUACCAGGUCAGCUGGUGGACUUCUUCACUACCAUGAAGCUGAGUCCACCCAAAUCUGAUGCUGUACCACCUGCUGCAGGUACCGUCUGAUAACACAAGGACAAAACGAGAUACAGACGAAGCUCAUUUCCUGCAGAUCCCAGCUUCACCUUCCUUCACUUGCCUUACUCAACCCAGCGUGCAUUAUGAAACGCGCAUCGUACAUUAAAAACUCCUCAAUAUUGACCAUAUUGUGUAUUUUUAAGUGCCAAAAUAGACAUAUUUUUUGUUAGAUAUGAACAUCCACAUGUGUUAAUUUGAGCUGUUAAGUGCUACUGCAUUUAAAAAAUGAAAAAAUCAUUCCGUCAUAUGUUGAUGGGUCUGGAAUUACACUUUUAAAGUUUUUUUUGCUGCCAUUGUUUUUAAAAGUACCUGUUGGAACAGAAUAGUGUACGACAAGUUUAUUAAUUCUCCUUGCAGACACAAUACACUCUGUGAACUAGUCGGCCACAGGCUUUUUAAUGCAGUCUUCAGUUUGUCAUCUUUCCAACAUAUAUUUUAGGUAUGGGGAAGUGGCUUAACUAACUAGAUCUCAUAAGUUAUUGGACCUUUCUACCAUAUGCAACGUUUAUGUCCUCGCUGAUACUUGCAAAGAUGCUGGUAGAUAAUGAUUAACCAAGAGCUUGUUCACGUUAAUGGAUGCACCUGCUUCCCUAUGCACUUAUCUAAUGUUUUGCUCAUUACUCUAUGAAAUGCCAAACUCUGUGUGUAGGUUACAAACCUGUGUUGACCCAGAGCUGUUUACAGCUUAAAUAUUGUGAUACUCAUUGUGGAUUUGGUUGUAUUGUGCCAGUAACUUUUGGGUCACUUCACCGUUGUGUAGUUCCUGGACAAGGACUAGCAAUUCCAAAUAUGUAUAGUAUAUCAGUAUUACACAUACUGUCGCCAUAGAAACGAGAUACAUAGUGCUUGUUGACAGCUAUGCAGAUCAUUUUUGUGUUUGCAUGAUAAACUAUAAAACAUGCAUCCAAUAUCAUGUUGUAUCAGCGUAUUGUUGUAAUAGAAAUGUGCUUCGGUCAAAAUAAAAUGAAUCAAUAUUACAAUUAAAGAAUCUUAUUCAAACUACAAAUUCCCUUAACAUCUUUCACGAAUCACAUACCGUUGUGUUUACACCUGAAAAAAUAACCAUUGAAUUCCUUGUGGUCAUUGAAACGCAUGAUUUA